AUGACCAAAUUAAAUAACUUCAUUGCCAGACAUGAAUUAUUUGAUUUGCCUCUUAAUGGUGCAACUUUUACAUGGACCAACAAUCAGUUCAACAGUAUAAGAAGCAGGAUUGAUAUAUUUUUUAUCUCAGCUGAAUGGGAACUCUACUUUCCAAGGGUUAUGCAACAAGCUUUACCAAGACCUUGCUCUGAUCACAACCCCAUUGAUCUUUUCUGUGAUGGUGUGAAGACUGGUCCAGGCCCAUUCAGAUGUAGUGCUAGUUUUUCAAUUUGUAAAAAAUUACAAUUGUUGAAACAAAUUUUGAGAACUUGGAGUAAGCAAGAAUAUGGAGACCUUGAAAGGAGAAUGGAGGAACUUGAAGAUACCUUUGUGACUUUGGAUGCAGAAGAGAAUAUGAAUAAUGGUCUUUCUGAGGAGCAGUGGGAUUCAAGAUUUCAAGCAAGACAGGAAUACUGCAAGUUGGCUGUCAUUAAAGCAGGAAAAUGGAGAGCAGGAGCAAGAGUUAAUCACAUACAACAGAAUGAUGACAAUACUAAAUACUUUCACAGAUUGGCUUCUGAUAGGAGAAGAAUGAGCUACAUUGGAGCUAUUACAGUGAAUGGUGAAAUGACUACAGUUGAAGCUGAAAUCAAAGAUGGAAUUGUUCAACAUUUCCAAAAUAUUUUUCAAAAUCAAAGCAACAGAACUGUUACAAUGGAUUUUAUGAAUUUCAAAGGCAUUUCAGAUGAGCAAAAAAUUUGGUUGGAAAGUGAAGUUACUGAAGUGGAGUGCUUAGCUGCAAUGAAGAAGUUGGGUCAAAACAAGGCCCCGGGACAUGAUGGAUUUCCAAUUCAGUUUCUAUGUACAUUGUUGGGAUAUUAUGAAGAAUGA